AUGUGGUUAGAGCAUUGUGCUUUCUUCCUGGAGGAAAUGUUAUGCCUUGAGGGCAGAGGGGAGCUCCGUGAAGUGCCUUGUUCCAGUUGUGGCGAUUCUUGCCCUCUGUAUCGAUGCCAAGACUGCUUUGGAGUUGAUCUCCGCUGUUUGUCUUGCAUCACGGCCGCUCAUCAACGACAUCCGCUGCACAUGUUGCAGAAAUGGAACGGGGAUUAUUUCGAACGCGUGACUCUCAAGAACCUUGGCCUCCGAAUUCAGCUGGGCCAUGCGGUCCACGAAAAAUGCCCAAACCCCUGUCAAGCCUUCAAUGAUGACUUCGUUGUCAUCGAUUCCUGUGGUAUCCAUGAGGUCUUACUCGAUUUCUGUAACUGUGCGGGGGCAAAAUCACACGUACAGCAACUACUUCGUAUGUCCUGGUUUCCCUCAACAACAGCCGACCCCAAAACGGCAGCAACCUUUCGUGUUUUGGAUGAAUUUCACCUGUUGUCUUUCAAGUCAAAGGUAUCUGCUUACAAGUUCUAUAGUGCUCUUAUGCGGGGUACUGAUAACACUGGCUUGACACCUGUUAAGGACCGAUACGAAGCUUCCAUGAGGAUGAUCCGUGAAUGGCGGCAUCUCACGAUGCUCAAACAUUUUGGGAGAGGGCAUGAUCCUAAGGGAGUAGAAGCCACGGGAGAAGGAGAGUGUGCAGUCUUGUGCCCGGCUUGCACGCACCUGGGUAAGAAUCUGCCUGACAACUGGGAGAAUGCUCCCCAUGCAAAACGUCGCGGAUGGGCGUACUUCGUAGAGGAAGGUGCGUACAAGCAAUUCCUCGGAGAUAAAAUCGAUGUCCUCCAAGAGAAAUCUACAUGCUCCAGCCAUAACGCCAUCAAUAUGGCCGAUACAAAGGCUAAUCGAGGCCUAGCAGCUACUGGGCUUGGUACUAUCGACUGUGCACGUCACAACAUGAAGCAGCCGAAUGCUAUACAUCAAUAUGGACUACCUUUUUUUUCGACGCUUCAUCACACCUCCCUAGCAACUCUCAACAUUUCAUACGAUAUUGCCUGUCAAUGGCACAAAAAACUCUGGCAGCAUAUGAGUGUGUUUCCUCUUUCAAUGCACUUCGAUUUUGUGAAGAAGGCUAUCUCCUUCUUCGUCCCGAAAUUUCACCUCCCUGCCCACAUUGAGAAAUGUCAGAUGAUGUUCUCAUUUAACUUCAAGCGUGGUGUUGGUCAAACGGAUGGAGAAGCUCCAGAGCGCGGGUGGGCAAACAUCAAUCCUGUCGCAUCCAGUACGAAGGAAAUGGGACCCGGUGCAAGACAUGAUACAUUAGACGAUUUUUUUGGAGAUUGGAACUGGAAGAAAGUUGAGGCCUUACCUGAGCGCGCGAAUCAGCAAGCUGCACUUGACGACUUGGAAGAAGGACUGAAGGAUGAGUACGGUGAUGUUCUGAAUCAAUGGAGGUCGCAGGUGGAAGCCUGGGAGGAUGACCAGUCUCAGUCCAACCCUUUUGAGCGAAACACAGACGUCGUUAUGUUGGCUUCUGUUUGGUUAGCACUCACAAAGGAAGAGGAAAUAGAUAUUCGGAGUGGAGCUUGCCUUGCCUUGCACGAGGAUUGUUCCCCCAGUGUGUUGAUUAGCUCGGGACUGGAGCUCAAGGAGCAACAACGACGCUUGAGAGCUGACAAAAGCAGGCAUGGUAUACACGUCACCGAUAAUCAACAAGGGAAGUUGCUCAAGCGGAGCAAUGCAUUACAACGUAGGAUUGACGCCUGGUCAAAAAUACAAGAGCUAUAUAUGCCGAACAUUGCUGCCAUGCAUCUCUCGGACAAAUCAACCUCCACCAAUGCCAACUCUAUCCCUACUGCAGAAAAUUUCAAACUGUGGCUACCAUCUCAGAUCGGCAGGUUGGCGCCUUGUGAUGAACGGCUUCAGAGGAUGGAAUGGAGAUUGAGAUAUGCUCAAGGCCACGAUACCCUCCGCUCCUUACGCUCCAACCUCUGCGCACAGACUGCUGUCCUCAGGUACAAGGACCGACACUCCAACCUCCGCGCACAGACUGCUGUCCUCAGGAUUGAUGCUGCUGCUAGCAGAUACGAAGGUGCACACAAGGCUCUCGUGAUUCUCGGUGGACUCCUGAAUGAGUCGGGCUGGCAGUCGUCGCUGCGUCCUCUAAAUCAUCAGGAUAUUCGCUCUAUGUCUGACCUUCUGUGGGGUGAAUCGGAGGGCAGACGAAAAUUGUCGUGGAUAUGGAAUAUGCGUGGCGCUGCGGGCAGUAAAAAGGAUGAUAACGGUGCUUUAGAAGAUAUGAGAAUUGAGUGGUGUAAGGCAAGGGCACGUGCAAUGUGCUGGGGGGAAGAAGUAGAGCUGCUGCAAGAAGAAAUGCAGCGUAUAUUAUCAUUUCUGAGGUGGGAAGCAGGGGGCUGGGACAAAAGGCGAGAGGAUGCUAUACCAGCCAAUGCAGAACACAAAGAUGGCUGUGUGGCGUACGCAAAACGUCAGGCUGACUUACGCCGAAAUCUCACGUCAUCAUUUGAAGCUCGUUGGGCAGAGACACUGGCCCUUGUAAACGUAGAUUGA